AUGGAUCACGAUAUAUAUUAUGAUGAUGAUAGUUUAAACGAUACUAUUUGCAAAAGACGUCGUCCCCUUCCUGAAGACGAAGAAGAUGAUAAUUUUUUUGAUUUUUUGGUUGAGAGCGAUGACGAAAAUCCCGAAGACAUGGAUUACUAUGGUCAAAUCAACUUGGUAAAACUAAAGAGUUUACGAGAACGGUUGAAUUGGGAGAACGAAGAAGAGAGAUAUCCAUUUUACCUACGCCUUUCAAACCUGUUGCGAGAUUGGAAAGGCGACCUUCCGAAUCUCAAAGACAUUUUUCGAAAGGAAGAAAUCGAAUGGUUUCUCAAGGAGGCAUUAAUCGACAGAAAGAAAACCGUUCAAAAUAAGCGAGGACAAUUUUUCAUCUGCUUUGUGGACUCCACCGGUUACAGGGACGAGCCCGACCUAGAUAAAGACGGCAAGCCAAUACUGCAUCGCUCCACAUCAGUGCACUUGGCAGCCAAGCAGAAUUCGUUAGGUUAUACUGUUCUUCUAUCAAAAAUAUACGAAAAUUCUGACGUGAAUCACAUCGACGAAUCUGGAUUCACGUAUUUUCACGCGCUCUGUAAGAUUAACCGUUGCGAGAAAGUGGAAAAAUACCUCGAGCUCGGACAGGAUCCCAAUUGCCUCGUGACAGAAACAGGCGACUCGUCGCUACACUUGGCUCUGUAUCCGGGUUUGUGGGCCAAGGAGAUGAUGGGACUACUGCUGAAGAGAGGCGCCAAUCCGAAUUUGGCCAAUAAAGAGGGAUUGACACCUUUGCACAUGAUUUGCAAGAGUUGGAAUUUUCGCACGUCGGGUGAUGUAGCUAAUACAUUUUUCGAGACCACCGAUGCAAAUCAUCAAACGAUACAGAUCGAUGCAAAGGACAAGUUGGGUCGGACACCCCUUCAAUUGGCCGUGGCGAAUCUUCGUCCAGAUCUAGUCGAUGUACUCUUGGAUCGUGGCGCUGAUCUGGCGAGCUUCGCCUUUCCCACCGAGAAUUACUUCGCCAAGGAAUGGAAACCGGAUGAUGAUGUUAAGUCGCCGAAUUGCGAGGAGUACGAUACUGAAUACAUGGUGCAGCCACUUGGCAAAGUCAAUUCGAAGUAA